CUAAUUUUUAGCACCGCUUGUGGGACUCUGUGUACACUGUGGAGGUAAGCAUUUGGCUCUGUUGUUUGAUACAGGAUUAUGUUACGUUAACAACUAGCACCUUGUGUUAUUUGUAGCCAACUGUGAAGCAACCGUUAUGUGCGUCUAUGGUUACUAACAUAACCCGAAAGUUACCUCCGUUUUUGGAACCGAAAGCAGAGGUUAUCCGCUUGCUUACUCAUAAACUUACAAGGUUUUAAGAUGUUGAUGAGAGAUGAGAUGUGCUGUAAAUCAGUAGGAACUGAUCUGUCCAUGCUGGAUAUUGAUGAUUUCAUCACAGAAAUCUCUCAGCUGAAGAAAGAGGUGGCGUUACUGGAGACAAAGCUGAGGUUAAGAGGAGAUGAAGGACUGAAGAGAGAGGAUCUCAGUCUGUCUUUACUCUGUUAUACUGAGUCAAAGUCCACAGACGCUCAGGACACAACAGUGUGUGACAGUAAUGAGGGCUUACAGGAGGAUCAAACCUCCACAGAGUCUCUGGAUUCUGUCUGUAACGCUGGAGAACAGCAGCAGAUCCUGCAGACCAAACUCAAAAUGUGUUCAGUCAAACUCAUUGACUUCAGGAACCUCAUGAUGAAGAUCAAAACUGAACCCAAAGAAAUAAAAACUGAACCUACAGAAACAAAAACUGAACCCACGGAAAUAAUAACUGAACCUACAGAAACAAAAACUGAACCCACGGAAAUAAUAACUGAACCCACAAAAGAGGAACAUCAUGAUGAUGAAAAUGAGGGCUGUGGUGAUGAUUUUAUUCCUUCAGAUGAGAGGAAUGAGUCAUGUUCUGAAGGAGAAAUAACGUCUUCAACAUCAAAAGAAAGACACUUAGAGAGAAAACACACAGAACAGAAACUCUUCACCUGCAGGACAUCUGAGAUCAACUUUACUACCUUACAAGAGGAGAAACUUCAUUCAGAAGAUCACAGAGAGAAGAAGAAGUUUGACUGUCAGCAAUGUGGGAAGAAUUUUGACUUCUUAUCUCAGCUACAAGUUCACAUGAAGACACACAGUGGUGAAAAGUCUUUCCACUGCAGUGAAUGUGGCAAACAUUUCAGCAGCAAACAAAUUCUUGAUGCUCAUCAGAGAAUUCACACUGGAGAAAAACCAUACGAGGGUCCUCACCAUAAGAAGAUCUGUACAAAGUCAAGUCACUUAAAAGCCCAUAAGAGAGUUAAAACUGGAGGGAAACUUUAUCACUGUAGUUUUUGCGGAAAGAGUUUCAGUCGACAUGAUAGGUUAGUGUCACACCAGAAAACUCAUACAGGUGAAAGCCCUUACAAAUGCUCUCAGUGUGAGAAGACGUUUACUCGUUUACGUUCCUUACAAGCCCAUAAGAGAGUUCAUACUGGAGAGAAACCUCAUCACUGUAGUGUUUGUGGAAAGAGUUUUAAACAUCAUAACCGUUUAGUUAUACACCAGAGAACUCAUACAGGUGAAAAACCUUACAAAUGCUCUCAGUGUGACAAGAGGUUUAAUCAGACAGGCAGCUUACAAGCCCAUGAGAGACUUCACAAGGGAGAGAAACCUUAUCUCUGUAAUGUUUGUGGGAAGAAUUUUACACAACAAUGCAGUUUAGUGGCACACCAGAGAAUUCAUACAGGUGAAAAACCUUACAAAUGCUCUCGGUGUGGGAAGAUGUUUGCUUUAUUAUGUACUUUAAAAACCCACGAGAGAGUUCACACUGGAGAGAAACCUUAUGUCUGCUUGAUCUGUGGUAAGACCUUCUUAAGUUUCCCUUCUUUCAGCUAUCAUCACAGACUUCACACUGGAGAAAGACCUUACAAAUGCUCUCAUUGUGAGAAGACGUUUACUCAGUCAGGCAACUUAAAAGCCCAUGAAAGAAUUCAUACUGGAGAGAAAUAUUAUCACUGUAGUGUUUGUGAGAUGGGUUUCAGUCGACAUGAUAGUUUAGUGUCACACCGGAGAACUCAUAGAGGUGAAAAAUCUUACAAAUGCUCUCAGUGUGAGAAGACGUUUACGGUUUUACGUUCCUUACAAGCCCAUGAGAGAAUUCAUACUCUCUUGCAUGAUCUGUGGUAAGAGUUUCACUGAUCCCUUCCAAGCUUAGAAUUUCUUCUCUUUACUUACAUUGAACGGGUAAGUCCAAGGACGCUUACAUGUCGUUCCGCCAUAGACCCCUUCAAGGUUUGUAAACAUUGAAUGAUUAUCGGGUGCGCGCGCAGAACGGGGUCGAACUGUUCAUACCAUUUAGGCUUUAUAAUUUAAUCUAACAGUGCUGAAAAAUGAUGACUUACCUCAAAUGAAGUGAGCACUACAAACACAAGUCUCUUUGAUCUUUGCAUUGUCCCAGUCUGCACGUUAAUUGCUUGCAGACGCAGAUGUUGUAUUUUUUUGUUUUUGAGAUUCUGCAUGAAUCGCGAAAACUUAACGGAAGACCUCGUGCGAUUUUCACAGCCCACGACGUAAGUAGGCAUUUUUGACGAUACCGAAUAAUACGCAACUCAAUCAGCUGUAAUGACUUUUCUGACCCCGACAUGCGCAGUGGGAACAGCCUGUGACGUGAACCGUGAAGGGGUCUAUACUGAUAAACUAUAAUAGCAGAGAUGGAUCAAAAGCACUAGCCUUCCAAAGCUUUUGAAUCAGCUGGAAUGCAACACGCAUUUGGAAAAGUGAGGCGCUAGAGAGCACUAUUCGUUUAAAUGCAAAAUACAAUUUCACCACUAGAUUGGUGUAAAUCCUACUUAUUGUCCCUUUACGUGGGUGUAUCAUCUGCAUUUGGUUCAUUUUUAUGGUCUGAGAACAUCAGAGGGGUUAAGUUUGGUGCAUCAUCUGCCUUUAUCAGUUCACAUGGCCUGACAAACCACUUAAUUUUAACUACAGGGUUAAGUAUUGGGAUAUCAACUGCGUUUAAUAAUUUGUUCUGAAGACUCUUAAAGAGCACAUCUUGUCCAAUUAACGUUUUUACAUUUCCUUGGGCGUGUAAGUGUGUAUUAGUACAUGUUAACGAUAUAUAAAAGGUACAGGUAAAGUUUGUUGUUUUUGUGGAUGCAGUAAUUUAUUAAAAAGGUCCACAGUUUUUGGGAUAACACAGUUUUAACUCACAGCAUAAAGAUUUCUAUGGUAGACUAUGGAUAUAUUCAUAAUGUUGUGUGAAAUGCAAAUUAUCCAACCUUUUAUGUACAACGUGUUAUAACCAAGUAAUCCCUAAGAAUGAUAAAAAAUCUGUAUUCUUUUAUAUUCCUUUACUGUUUUAUACUAUAAUCGCCGAGUUGGAAAUAUAUGCAUGACAACUCUUAAAUUGCAUGUUUUAAAGCAACACUAUGUAGUUUUUUUACCUUUAAAUAAUGUCUCUAAAAUUAUUUCAGUGAUAGAACAACUUUUAACUGGACAAAUUGUACUGUUGCUGCAACCUGUGCAGCCUCCUAGCUGCUACAAGCACACUCUGAAAGUGGCGGUGAAGGGUAGGAAACACAGCCCCACCCCUCCCCCUGCCUGCAGAAGAGUGUCUGAUACCAGGCACUGUUGCGCUUUUCAAUCACAUGGGGGAGCUGUGAGUGAUUUUUACAUGAAAACUACAUAGUGUUGCUUUAAGAGAAGAAAAGACACUUGUGAUUUUAGAUUGUUUAACUUUGAUUGAUGCAUGUAUUAGAUAAAAGAAAUACAUUACACUCUGACGCAUGAUUUUCAGACCGGUCUUCGACAAAGAAAGCGCAGAAGUGCUCGGAGAAGAAGAACAAAGAAACGUUGUCAUAUAUAUAAGAUGUUAGGGGCAUUCCCCAAAAAAUGUAAGAUCAAAGGAUCAGAGGAGUGCCAUGAGGCCUUGAACAUGAUCCUGAUUUGAC